GCUUGGGCAAAGAUGAAGAGAGAGUGUAGGGUGCCAGGAUAUUUCAAAGAAAGACCAGAAGAAAGAUAUAUAGAAAAGGCCGAGAUAGUUUAAGAUUGGGAAACAAAUACAGGUAGUGUAGACAAGGAGGAAAAAAAUGAAAAAGAGAGCAAGAAUGAUGGAAGGAGGAGAGGUUUUGGUAAGGGGGGUGGUGAUCCUCUAUAGCCAAUGAAGAACAAGAAAGGAGGAUUCCAAGGAGGGUGAUGUGCUCAGUCUUGAAGUCAUGGCUCACCGUUUCAGCUUUCAGACUGAACGACAGGAGAAGACCAACCUCACAGAGAACUAGACUCCUCAUUUAGACAAAGAUGAGGACAGUUGACUCUGCUCAAGAAGGCCCAAGAAAAUCUUCUAUCUAAGUUUCCGGAAGAAGCUUAUGUUGAGAGCAUAAGGUGGAAAUUUUCACUGGACUAAGCCAGAGUUAGAGACGCCUUGUGCCAGCUCACCUGUGUCUGAAUUGGGGGAGGUGACAGAGGGACAAGGAAGGACGAGCUCUGAGGCUCCUGUCCAGACAGAAACAUGCCCCCUUCUUCCAGGAUCAAUUAUUCAUGUGCAUGAGGUUUCCUGUGUGUCAGGCUAGACAAGUCAGGUUGCGGUGGCUCGGCUCCAAACUGUGGCACAAUGUGCCGUGAGACGUGCUAAAGGAGCAGAAAGCAGGGGCACAAGAGUGAGAGAGAGAGAGAGAGAGAAGGUCACAACAGCAGAUGAGAAUAAUUUGUGGAGAGUUUUUGUUUGCCGUUUGGGAAGAAUGAAGGCUCUACAGAAGAAUCAGGGACGCACUGACCAGAUGUUGGGAGCCAUGGCUGAUGUGCUUACUUCUGUGGCCAUGCCCAAUCAACAGUUGCUCUCAGAGGGGGGUGAGGCGGACCCCCCAUCAAGCGAGGAGGAGAAGGGGCCUGUGCAGGGCCAGUGGGAGUGGGAGCAGCAGGUCACUACAAAAGAAAACCCAGAGCGGAGAGAAAGAACAGACUCAUACUCGGCAGCAGGCAGCGAAGGCAGCAUCUCCACCUCUGUGGCGUCACUGCCCCCGCCGGCAUCAGGCAGCUCGGCCCCCAGCUCCCCAGGCUCUAGACGUUCUGUGAGCACGCUGAAGAAGUGGCUCACGAACCCUGUCCGCAAACUCAGCGUCGGGGCCACCGCCAAAGUGGAGCGUCAGGUCUGCAAAUUUGAGGGAAAGCCUCCACCUCUUCCAUCCCACAGCCACAGCCAGGAUCUGAGCAGUCCCCCGAAGCCUGACGAACCUUUCCCCAUCCUGCCCGUCACGCACAGAGAACUGGAGUGGAAAGAUGGCCUGGCAAGCCCUGAGGACCUGUCUCCGGCUACACUACAGUCCCCCAGCUACAUAACAGACUCACUGAUUGGCUGCACGUCACUGCCAAACAACCAGGACACUCAGUCCACCAGUCUUUUGCCAGAUGACAGCGGCUCUGUCUUGAUGGACGACACCUCCAGCCAAUGGUCAGCUGCGGCUGACACUGAGGAGGAAAGGAGGAGUGCCUUAGAGAAAAGCAUGUAUGUACUGCAGGAGCUUAUUGAGACAGAGAAGCACUAUGUGGUGGACCUGGGGUUCAUAGUGGAGGGUUAUAUGGCCACAAUGCACUCCAAAGGUAUGCCGGAGGACAUGAAGGGAAAAGACAAGAUUGUUUUUGGGAACAUUCACCAAAUAUUUGACUGGCAUAAAGACUACUUCCUGGGAGAGCUGGAGAAGUGUAUAGCAGAGCCAGAGAGGCUGGCUCAGCUCUUCAUUAAACAUGAAAGGCGUCUGCACAUGUACGUUGUAUACUGUCAGAACAAGCCCAAGUCAGAACACAUCGUCUCAGAGUAUAUAGAGACUUACUUCGAGGACUUGCGACAGCAGCUGGGCCACAGGCUGCAGCUCAACGACCUGCUCAUCAAACCUGUCCAGAGGAUCAUGAAGUACCAGCUGCUGCUCAAGGACUUCCUGAAGUAUUACACCAAAGCUGGGAUGAACACAGAGGAGUUGGAGAAAGCAGUAGAAGUGAUGUGCUUUGUGCCAAAACGUUGCAAUGACAUGAUGAAUGUGGGCAGACUACAAGGCUUCGAAGGGAAGAUCACAGCCCAGGGCAAACUGCUCCAGCAAGAUACCUUUACUGUCAUAGAGCAGGACAGUGGCUUUCUGUCCCGAGCCAAGGAAAGACGCAUCUUCCUGUUUGAGCAGCUGGCCAUUUUCAGUGAGCCAAUCGACAGGAAGAAAGGUUUCUCACUCCCUGGAUACAUCUUUAAGAGCAGCAUCAAGGUGAGCUGCCUGGGGGUGGAGCCCAGCGUCGACGGCGAUGACGCCCGCUUUGUGCUGACAUCACGCAACCCUGACGGGAGUGUGGUGCGCUUCCAGUUACAGGCCUCCUCCCCUGAGAUCUGCAGGGCCUGGGUCAACGAUGUGGUUCAGAUCUUGGAAAGCCAGCGCAACUUCCUCAAUGCCUUACAGUCACCUAUUGAGUACCAGCGACGAGAGAGCAAGUCUAAUAGCCUGGGCCGCAGCAUGAGGCCCCCUCUGUCUGCUGCCAGUGCCCUGCGGCCCCAUUCCUCCGCCUCUAUUGACCGUCAUAAGUUGCCCUCCCUUCACUCUCACAACACCUCCCUGCCCACGCUCUACCUGCCCAGCCAAGGUCAAGGCCAAGGACCCAGCGAGACAUACUCACUGCAGGACCCCACUGUGGUCCAGCCAUGCCCUGCUGACUCCCACACUGUUUCUCCGUCACAAGUCCAACUGGGCUUCACUGAUCAGCCAAGCUGUCAAGCUGUGUCAAAUGGGCUGUACACACCCAACACACAAAGUGUACAGCAGAGAGCAGGAGAGGGCUACCGAAGGGGUCAGGCUGCUGAUGCUGAGAGCCAGGCUCCACUGUCAGGCCCCUUAGCUGGACGACGCCCCAGCAAUUUGGCCCAGCUAGCUGAGGAUGACCUAUGAACCCUGAUGCUAUCUGUCUACUGGGUCAGGAGGACAGCAGCUAACGCCACAACUGUGGAGACAAGAAGACUUGUCUACUGUCUGUUUAUGCCAGGCUUGACCCUUAACUGGUUCAAUCAUGAUUUCUGGAGGAUAAUAAAGGAACCUGAAGGAACUAUGGAACUAUAAAACGACUUUGCUACUGUUUUUACCAUUCAAUGGUAGGUGACUAGUCUUGGCUAUACCUUGAGUGUACAUAAAACAGCACCCAGUGGGAUGUUACUGGGCUCAGAGUGAAAACACUCAAUAGACACUCAAGUGGUAUUACAAUUUAUAAAUUUUACCUUUUUGAGAGUUUGUACACCAUACUCUUCUCUUUUUCAAAGAGCAAGGGGAAUUGGUUUGAUGUAGAAAUAUCCAUUCCUAAUUGGGGCGGUCACUGGAGUUAUGCGUGUGCCUAAAUAUAUGUUUAUGCAACAAUGUGUGGAUGUGUUUAAGCGCAUGAGAGUGUGCAAGGAGUGGCAGUGGCAACUCUUGUACUCUUUGGUAAAUUUCCUUGAUAACGUUUCCUUGAUAACGUUUCUGAUGCCCCAUUGUAAAAACAAGUACAGCUACAUUUAUACAUUCUGUCAUUCCCCUGCUGACAACUGAGUUUGCUGUUUGUGUCGACAAGAAUGGGAAAGACCGAACACUUGAUGUGAACACGCCACCAGGAAUUUACUCACUCGAAUUUCAACUUAAAGCAAAGAACUUUCUUUCUUGCCACAGUGUUGAGAGCCCCUGUGUGCUCUCUUAUUCUGUUUGAGCGGCCCUCGUUUGAUCUGGACAAAAAAGGCGUGAGGGGUCCCCCUGGAGGUUCUCUGUUGGUAUGACGUCACUUUGGAAUACUUUUUGCUCUUUGGGCAACUCCAGAGGAGUUUGCGAGGUGCAUUCAAAGGGACUGCUGUGCUGACCCAAAGUGUUGCAUGCAAUAUCUCCUUUGUGAUUGACUGACACAACUUUACACAGCUCUUUCUGUCCAAGCCGAAGUAGAGUGCUUGUGGUUUGGGUGAAAAGUGCAUUGGUUUAAACUUGUUUUAUUAGUCCACUGUUGUAAUGUCAAGGCUGUGCACCAUUUCUAUAAUCUCUGUUAGCUUUUGCCCUCAUGAACUAAAUACUGUACAGUGCAUACCAUAAAGUCAAUCAUACAUUUCCACUUGUAAGAUGAAGAAUGACCCAGGUAUGCCAAGAAAUGUUCCAGUUCCAGUUCGUUCAAAUGAAGGAUAAUAUAUUGCUGGAUAAACAGAGUAAUGAAUCUGCAUGCUUCCGCUUCCUCAGACAACAGUGCCAAAAAAGCAGCUCACUACUUAAACGUUUCAUGCUCUUACUUGUAGUUUACACUCAGUAGUUUCAUGCUCUUACUUUUAGUUCAGUUUGCCACUACACUACAAAACAAUCAUAGAUAUCUGUGUUACUAUCUGGAUUGUAAUGCCUAAGUGAUAAAACGAGAGUGGAGUAGAUAAAGGAGGCAAUCCCAUCAAUAUCACUUAUUCUCUGUGGCCAGUAGAGGUCCCCACAAGGCUUUCACUUCCAAUUUAGUUAGAUAAAACAGCUGCACCAAAGACAAUAGGCCUCAUAUUUCAGUGCUCACACUGAAGUAAAGCUGCUCAACAAUCUGUCCGAAACACAAUAAUAAAUUUCACAAAAUUAACUGAAAUGUGAAACAUUAGGUGAGUGGAACCAUCUCACAGAAUCCCUCUGCAGUUAAUGUGAACUGGCAUGUUUUCAUUGGAAUUACUCAUCAGGCAGUUUUUCUUUUAAUACAAAGUAAUACAACUACAGAGAACCAAAGGCAAGGACAUCAAACCAGGAGAAGGUUGGUUAGAGCUAUGUUUGACUGAGUAGAAACUGUUGUAUCAUAUCAAAUAAAAAGUGUCUUUUUGAAACUGA